AUGGAGGUUGAACUGCAGCCUGGAAACGGCCAUGUGGCUGAAAGUACCAUGAGUCGGAAAGAACCACAGCAACAAGGUCACCAAAUACCAAGCAGUGCUGAUGAGGCUGAGCUUGUGUGGAAACUGCGGAAGUACCUGAUGCUACUGGCAAUUCUUUCUGCAACUAUCACCUACCAAGCAGGACUUGCCCCACCAGGCGGCCUCUGGCUAGACAACCAGCAUGGCCACCUUGCCAGUGACAUUGUCCUGCAAUCUACCUAUCCAAAGCGGUAUAAGGUAUUCUUCUACUGCAACUCAACAGCAUUCAUGGCGUCACUCAUUGUUUUGAUCUUGCUCCUAGUAAGGGAUCUCAACCGCAAUUCAAUUUGGCUCCGCUCGCUGCAUUUCGCGAUGUUGUUCAACCUGCUCGGGCUUAUGGGGGCCUAUGCUGCAGGCAGCUGCAGAAAAAUCAGAACAUCCUUAUAUACUUGGGUGUUGCUUGUUGGCAUCUUCACAUACAUUGCACUUCAUGUUGUAUUCUUCCAGCAUCUAGCAUCUAAAUGGCUUAGGCAAACUUUGAUGGAUGUCCAGAGGUCCUGGAAGGAUCAUCUUGCGCGCAUAUUCGGCAAAAAUCAGAGCACAACAGAGGAGCCAGAUGCUUCUGUCAAAGAAAAAAAGGAUGAACUGGAGCAGAAACGCAGUUUGUUGCUGGUUCUUGCCACAUUGUCAACGACAGUGACAUAUGCUGCGGGGCUAAACCCACCAGGUGGAUUCUGGCCUGACAGCAAUGCUAGCCACCUCGCUGGUGACCCGACACUCCGUGACCACUACCCCCGCCGCUUCAAAGCAUUCAUGGCGUGCAAUGACACUGCUUUUGCCGGAUCACUUGUCAUUAUCGUCAUGCUCCUCAGCAACACGGCAGUCGAUCAUGUUGUUGAGUCGAAUGCACUUCGUUUGUGUGUUCUGAUAAGCCUAUUUGGCCUUAUGGCUGCUUAUGCUGCAGGAAGCUGCAGGGAAGUCCAUACAUCUAUAUAUGUGUUCACCCUUGUCGGUGCAGUCCUACUAUACCUCGUCAUCCAGUGGAUUGCACCUAUUGUGCCCAGGCCAGAGUUUGUCAGCAAGUGCAUAACAUGGAUAAAAGGAGAAAACAAUAAGGUGAUUCUGAAGCUAAAAUCAUUCCUUACAGAUAGUAUCAGCACAAACAGCGACCAGGAGAUGCCACUAGCAUUGGAUCAACAGCAGUCAUCCAGUCAUGAUUCAACAGGCACUGUUAGUGAUGUUAAGGAUGAUAUAAGAAAGUUGCGCACAUACCUUCUAUUGCUUGGCAUCCUUGCAGCCACCAUUACAUACCAAGCUGGGUUAAAUCCACCCGGUGGAUUUUGGUUAGACAAUGAGGAUGGCCAUCUUGCUGGAGACCCGAUAUUGGAGGCCAUCAGUCCGAAACGGUACAAUGCAUUCUUCUAUUGCAAUGCCACCGCAUUUGUGUCAUCUUUGGUCAUAAUCACCCUACUCCAGAGCAACUUGAUCACUGUUGGUGCCUUGAAACGAUAUGUGCUGCAAACAGCAAUGGUUUUUGAUCUGUUUGGUAUGAUGGGAGCAUAUGCCACUGGCAGCAGCCGGACUUUCUCCACAUCUUUGUAUGUGAUAAUCUUGGUCAUUCUUGUCUUUUCUUAUGUUAUCAUUCACAUUCUGCUCCUUGUGUGCACAAGAAACUCCGAUGAAUCAGCUCAGCAAAUAGAUGAUGACCCUGAACUGAAAGAUUUGGAGAAGCGGCGCAAGUUUCUAGUGUUGCUUGCAGUUCUGGCAGCAUCAAGCACAUAUCAAGCCGGCAUAAACCCACCAGGUGGUUUCUGGACUGACAAUAACGACGGUCACCGUGCAGGUUAUCCAAUGUUCCAUGAUGAGUUUCCACACCGUUACAUGGUAUUCUUCUACCUGAACUCCACCGCUUUUAUGUCCUCCUUGGCUGUGAUCAUGUUGCUUGUUAGCAAAAGGUUAUGCCAAAGGGGAAUCAACAGCUACUUGCUGCGUGGAUGCAUGCUACUUGAUCUGGUCUGUCUCAUGGGUGCUUUCGCGGCUGGAAGCUGCAGGAAAGUAUCAACAUCAGUGUAUGCCAUCCUAGUCGUUUCUAUUGUGUUUGCCUAUGUCAUGGCUCAAGUUCUGGUGCUAACCUUUGCAAAAGAUAAAAUGAGUUACUUCUUCGAGUGGGUGCUCCAUGCCACUCCUUUCAAGAGCUCACAUCCAUCUGAGAAUUGCAAGCGAAGCGUCACGGUCAGCCGAAAACCUGAGCACAAAUGGCGAAAAGAUCUAAUUCUGAUUGGAACCCUCGCAGUGAGCGUCACAUACCAAGCUGGGCUGCUCCCGCCAGGAGGGCUUUGGCCUGAUGACCGGGACGGGCAUUUCAUUGGCGACCCAAUCCUCCAUGAUAGUGAUCCACCACGGUACAAGGCAUUCUUCUACUGCAAUGCCACAGCGUUCAUGGCAUCGGUGGUUAUAGUCAUCCUGCUGCUGAAUAGCACGAUAAGCAAGUACAGGAGAUCUCUCCUUCCCAUGAAGACAGCAAUGGUGCUGGACCUGCUUGCUCUGCUUGGGGCGUAUGCUGCAGGCAGCUGCAGGAACCUGAAGACUUCUAUAUACGUUUUCGCACUCUUCAUUGCUGUUUUUGUGUACAUCGUCAUUCACAUCUUGCAGUCCUUUGAUAAAAUGGCACGGUUGUUGAAGAAGACUGGAGAACAGUGGAUUCCAUGUCUGAAGAAGAUGUGGGCACUCAUUGAAACUGAACCUCCAAAUCAUCAUCCGUCUUCUGAGGAACCAUGA